AUAUCCGGUUGUAAACAUAAAAACUCUCGUUUCUUCAGUGGUGUGUAGAAAAAUCAAAUGGGACUCCUUAAACUGAGGUGUGUUAAUAUCCUUACACAUAUUACCAAAAGAUCAGCACUACUGCACUACAGAUCACUGACAGCAGCCUCAUUCAAGUAUGAUGACUUAAAAGUAACUUUAACAGACAAAAAACAAGAAAAGCCAGACCCAAACAAUCUACUGUUUGGACACAAUUUUAGUGAUCAUAUGCUAAAAGUGGAAUGGACAAGCUCUGAUGGAUGGGGAAAGCCGAUUAUCUCCCCUUUAACAAAUUUAUCAAUACAUCCUGGUGCUAAAUGUCUACAUUAUGCCAUAGAAUUAUUUGAAGGAAUGAAAGCCUACAGAGGAGUAGAUGACAAAAUAAGAAUGUUCAGACCAUUCGAAAACAUGAAGAGAAUGAAAUCUACUGCAGAUAGAGCAUAUCUACCAGACUUUGAUGCAGAGGAGCUUGUAAAAUGUAUGAAGAAGUUAUUACAGAUUGACAGAGAAUGGGUUCCCUACUCAACCAAAAGUUCAUUGUAUCUUAGACCUACAUUUAUAGGUACUGAGCCAACAUUGGGAGUGACCAAGUCAGCUUCCGCCUUACUUUAUGUAAUUACAGGCCCUGUAGGACCAUACUAUCCCACGGGGAUGAAUCCUGUUACUCUAUUAGCAGAUCCACAGUAUGUUAGAGCUUGGCCUGGUGGAUGUGGAAACUUCAAAAUGGGAUCUAAUUAUGGACCAACAAUCAAAAUUUCUGCAGAAGCUGAUAAGAAAGGAUGUCAACAGGUUCUGUGGUUAUAUGGAGAUGAUCAUCAGCUGACAGAAGUAGGGGCCAUGAACUUGUUUGUAUACUGGAUUAACGAACAGGGAGAAAAAGAAUUGAUAACAGCUCCAUUAGAUGGUCUAGUCUUGCCAGGAAUCACCAGAAAAUCAUUAAUUGAGCUUGCCAAAAAAUGGGGAGAAUUUAAGGUGACUGAAAGAAGUUAUACAAUGGCAGAAAUAACAAAAGCUUUAAAUGAAAACAGGUUAAAAGAAAUGUUUGGUGCUGGAACUGCUUGUGUAGUUUCUCCAGUAGAGAAGAUAUUAUAUAUAGAUAAUAUGUUGAACAUUCCCACCAUGUCUGAAGGAGCACCCGUAACAAUGAGGUUUUUAAAAGAAUUAACAGAUAUACAUUAUGGAAGAACGAUCAGUGAUUGGUGUGAACCUAUAGAAUGAAGAGAUCUAUAUUUAGACCAACAAGUGAUGUAACAAUCGUCCAUUGUGGUGCUGGUGGUUUUUCAGUUGAACUACCAUAUGAUGCAGAAAUCUCAUACCAUGUCAUGGAAUUACAGAUCAUGUGAUAUUUAUUUGUUAGAAUAUAAGAUCGUGUGAUGUGUUUUUGUGCUCAGAUCAUGUGAUGUGUUUUUGUUCUUAGAUCAUGUGAUUGAAGGUGGAGAUCAUGUGAUAUUUGCUAUUUUAUGAACAAUUACUAGUAUAUUUUUUUUUAUUCUUAUCACUUACUGAAUGAAUCUCAAUUGUAAUCUCUAUUACAAACCCGGUUAAUAUUUUAAAUUGCUGUUGAUUUUUGAAUCUCAAAAUGUUUUUUUCUAUAAAACUGAAUUGAUUUCUUGAAAGUAAAAAUGCAUUAUAAUUAUUUUAGUCAAAUAGAUCUGAAAUGAGAUUUUUUUUUCCAAUAGUAGAAUUUUUUUAAGAAUUAUAGAUAAUGUAACACUUGUUUCUUUAAAUGUCAACAAAUGUAGUUGAAUGUGAAAAUUGUGUGAUGUUUUUUUUUCUAUUUUAAGAACAAAUGCUAGAAUCUUUUUUUUAUUUUUUUUAUCUCUGAUUUGAUGAAUCUCAGUUAUGUCCCCUGAAACCUCUUUUCUAAUGCUUUUUUUUGUUGGAAUCUCAUUUUUUAAUAUAUUUUAUAUAAUAAAAGUAUCAGCAUAUACACAUAAAAUUUAGUUAGAUAGUUCUGUAAUUUCAAGGUAAUCAUUUUGUACAUUACUAGAAUUUUUGAAGGAAAUCUUGAUCUUUAUAUAUUAUUUGUUUCAUGUUAAUGCCUAAGACUAGUGCUUUCUUUCACUGUUUAUAGAAUUUUUUUUUAAAAAGUGAAUCUUUCACAUGCUUUUUACAGUAAGUGUUUGUUGAGAUUUUUUUUAAUAAACAUGAAUCUAAUGUAUGCAAAGAAUCUUAUUACUGUGGACAAUUCUCUACAUAGAAUUAGAUACAUUGUAUUUUUAAACUUCUUUUUUUUUGAUAAAUGAUAUAAUAAUGAAUAAUUUAAAAGUAAAUAGCCAUAAUUGGUGAAGAAAAAAUCUGCUAAAAUUUGAGAUCAUGCAUUUUUUUUUAUUAUCUUAUAUCUUAUAUACUGUUGUGAAGUUUUGAAUCACCUUACAUUAAUGAAUAUAUAUGUGUAUACACCUUUUGUUCUGAAGAGCUAUAAAUUUCCUUGUAUUUACUUUUACAGGAAUAAGAAAUGACAAACAAAUAUUAAAUAAUUCUUUUUAAAAAAAAAUUAUAUUAUUUGGGGUAGAGUAUAACAUUUCUAUGAUGUAUAAUGCAAUUGUAUCCUUCAUCUUAGACUGUUUAUAUAGACAAUGAAAUAGUUUUUGUAUAUUUACUGCAUUUUAAAUAUGUUUUACCUCACAAUUUCAUUUUAUUUUAGAUACUCAAUCUCUUUGAAGUUAUUAUUGAUUUACUAAUUUUCCAUGCAUGGAAUUUUCAGAAUUUAAGAAUACAAGACAAAUUAACGGGUUCCUAUUUUUUUUCUUUUUAUAUAAAGCUAAUUUUUUGUUGAUUCAGUUAUUUUUGUUAGUACCAAUUUUUCAUGGAUUGAAGACAAAGUUUGCUUACAAACCUAUAGAAUUUCCUACUUUGUUGAACAUCUAAAUUUGUUGUUAACCUAUACCCACCAAAUCCAUGUAAAUUCGCUGUUUCAGAAUCUAAUGCAUUCUGGGUAAUAUUUUCAAAAGCGUACACCAAAAUGUUGUGAUUGGUUUAAAACAUUCUAAACAAUGGAAAUUUAACCAGUGACGUGAUGUUAUUUUCAUUUUGGUGUACGAACAAUGAGAUUACCCAUAGUCCUUUAGAUUCUGAAAAGGCGAAUUAGACACCACAAGUAAUACUGAAACUAGUGUACACAGUUAAUUGUUGACCCAAGAUUUUUUUUAAAUUUUUUUGAUAUGCAGUUAUUCUUAGAUUUUGUAAACCGGAUAAUGGAAUUUUAAUUUAAGAGUCUUUUCAAAUUUUAAACACAUGAACAUAUGCUUUUUAUUUUGACAGUGUAAAUGUAUGUCACAACAAACAAAUUUAAUUCUAUAUUUCAAAAGAGAUCAAGGAUAUUCAAGAAAAUAUGUACGGUAGGGUUGGACACCACAUUUUAUUUUUUCUUUAGGUAAUACGGGUAGAAGCAAAUAUAAUUCUCUUACAAAUGAUAAAAAAGUAAUGGGUGGUGGGGUUUAAAAAGGUGAUGUCCAACACCCCCUCCCUUUGUAUUUUUUUUUUGUGGAAUAGCCCUUAAACUAUUAUGGAAAAAAAACUAUAGCUAUAAAAAGAUUUUUAUAAUGAUCAAAUGUUUUUCAGCUAUGUAGAAUCUAGUUUGAAAUUUUAAAUGGCAGAUGAAUGAUCUGUGUUGGACCAUGUUCAUUUCAUUAUGAAUGAUAUUAAUCUGUUGUCUUAAUCUUUUUGUUAAUGAAAUGAUUUUUGCAUGUUUUAACCUUCUGUUUUUUUUAUGUUGACCAUUAUCUAUUUUCAGCAGUGUUUAAUUUAGUUUUGAUGUUUAUAAUUAUGAUUGUUUUUGUUCAUUUUAUUAAAUGUUGUUUGCAGCUAUGUUGUUGACCAAGGUUUGUGUUUCUUUUCCUUUUUUAUCCCAUAAUGUAAUACUUCACUUUUGUUAAUAACUUUCCUGGGUCCUACCUAUUUUUUUUUUUAAAUAAUUUUUGAUAAAAUGUAAUUAUUUUGUAUUGAACUACAUUUAUUGUACAACAUAUUUAUGUAUAUUUAAACAGAAAAAAUCCAAACUUUUCAAAUAGAAGCAUUUACUUGUGUGGUAACAUUUUAUUGUUUUUGGACGGCAUCAUUUGUUAUGAUAUACAUGUAUAAAACAAAUUUAGCAUUUUAAGAUUGAAAAUAUGUGUCUGAAUAUGAUGACAGUUAGUACCAUGUCAGAGUUAAUGAAUAUGUAUGAUGUAGAUUAAAGGUUGAAUAAUAAACUUUAGUAAAAUAUUUCAAAGUUAUUGUAACUUUUACUUAAACAGAAAGAUACACUAGAAUUCUGAAAAUUGUUAUUAUCUUUCAUAAUUCUGAAAUUUUCAGUAAAUAUUAGGUGCAGUCUUUAGUAUUUUUUGAAUUAAAAAAAGUUAGUAUGUUCUAUAGAAAUAAAAUUUGCCACUAUGUAAUGAAACAGUGAGUUUUGCUAUAUUAAAAAGAAUUAUUUAAGUAUAUUGUGCCAUUUUAAAUCCUACUUUACAAAAUAUUGUUUGCAAAAUUUGUUUUGUAAAUUAAAUUGUUUAUAUUCUCCUUAAAAGUAGGCAGAUAAGAAUUGGUCUUGUGAUUACCUGUAUUUAAUAAAGACCAGAAUAGUCUGCACAAAGGAAAUUUCAUUAAACCAUUUCAAAUUUCAAGGAAAAAGUCCUUAAGAAAGUCGAAGGUCUUGUAUCGUCAGUGUUAAGAAUGGGAGGUCCUUGAUUUUUGUGAUUCAAAAAUGAAGUCCCCACCACGAACAGACAGGUCCCAGGCCUCGGACCCAUUUAUAUAAACCCCUGCAUUACUUAUUUAUUGCUGAUGAGGAAUUUUUUUUAUAUAUAUAUCAAUUUUGUUUAGUGUUCAAAAUAUAAGACCUCAUAUAUGGCCUGAGAACACAAUUAAUUUGUAGUACAUUUCUUUUAGACAAUAAAUGAAAUUUUUUUAAAUCACUCCUGCGCUUCUCAAUAAUAAUAUUACUGUGUGGUGUACUACUUUUGGAACAAAUUAUAUUAAAUUUAUGGAAAACCUCAUCAGCUCUAUCUCAAAAUAUGGACAAUUUUAUGUUAAGGGGUCAUGAAACAAGAUGAAAUAAAUUUAGAAGGAUAUGAAAAAAAUUGCAAGUAAAAUACUGUCUACACUAGGAAAUAUAUUUGUUAACUGUGUUCCUGAACCAUAUGUUACGAGUCAAGUACUCAUAUAGGAUAACUGUUAUACUACAAAACUUUAAUUUGUUUUGAUACCUAUGGUUAUGACAGUUCUAUGCAAAAUGAUAUCAAGGGCAAUAACAUGUUUUAGAUGUGACAUUGUAAAAUUGCAGAUUUUGUAUCCUUAAAAAAAUGCUUUCACAUGACAGUGGGUAUGAGAGUUGUAUAUAUAAGUUCAAAAUGUCAUGUUCUGUUUUCAUAGCUGAAGAAAGGAGAAGGGUUAUUUCCCUUCAAAAAAAACUAUUUCUCUUUUUAAUUUGUCAAAUUCAAAAUUACUGAAUAUUUGAAUAUAUAUUAUUUUUACUUUACUGUGUUAGAUUUACCGUAAAUUUGAUAUUAAUAUUUUUGUAAAAAAGAUUUUUUUUUUUAAAUGGUAGAAAACGGAAUACUCAAAAGGAAACAUAAGACACUUAUAAAUGUAUAAGAUUGGCCUGAAAAACUAUAUUUAAUAUGUGCCAUUUCAGUUCCAUUUUGAUAUUAUGUAUUUGAAUUUGUACUAUGUGGAUACAUUAUUAUUCGUUGGGUACCAGUUUUUGUGGACUUGUUGGUAUAAAUAAACUGCAAAUUUUAAUUUUUAAUGAAGUACUAACUCUCUACAGGCUAGUAUGGAGACUUUGGCAAAAUAUUCAUGAAAACACUUUUCCUCAUUUCACAAAAAUUGGUACCCAUGAAAAUAAAUAAACUCACAGUAGUUGCUAAUAUGGCCUCAGAUGUUUUAUUAUAUUGUUUAGGUUGAUUGGUUUGGUAUUUUUUUUUGUAUUUAUGUUUUUUAUUUUUUUUAUUAUUAAUGUGUAUAGAGAUCUGUUUUAUCUUCUGUAAUAAACCUCAUCUUUCUUUGGAAACAAACAUUAAUUGGUUUCACUCACUCCUCCAAAAUAAGACUAUCAAAGUACUGUGGAUUCAUUAUUAUUCGUUGGAUACCAAUUUUCGUGGAUUUAGUGGGUAAAAAUGAACCACAAAUUUUCAAGUUCAACAAAGUACACAUUUUGUAUAGGCUUUUAUGCAGACUUUGGAAAAAACACAAAAUCAAAUAUCCAUGAAAAUACCAUUUUUCGUCAAUCCAAGAAAACUGAUACCCAAGAAAAUAAAUGAAUCUACAGUUUACCAGCCUAAUAUUUAUACUGCUAGCUAAUAAUUUUAUUUUUUGUAUGUGCUUAUUGAUAUUCAAGAAUUUCUUCUUUUCUCAAAAUGUCAUCAAACUUGACAGCAUUCAUUUUUCUCUGAUAACAUAAAAGAAAAUCACAGUGCUUGGUCAUAUUAUCAUGUAUGAUGCUGAAGUUUAUUCUUGAUUUAUUAUUGGCUUAUUAUUUAAGCAGGUUCAAUUAUGUAAUGAUGCAGUGUAAAUCCGACUUCAUGAGUGUGUGGAAUCAUGCGACUUAAAAUGCGUUUCUAUUUCUAUUUUUUUUUUACAAUUUGAUGGCUGAAAAACAUAGUCUCCUCCAAUACACCACCAAAUGAAGAUAUUUUGGAAUGAGAUGACCCAAUACUGUAUUGCCAUUUCUUAUAUACAUGACAUUCAAGUCUUUCAAAAUAUAUCCGAUUUUUAUUCAGUUUUUUUUGAUAAGUUCACAAUUUUCUUUUCUUUUUCUAAGUGUAGAAAAAUACUCACAAUUUACAAAGUUAAAUGGGACUUCAAUUAAUCAUCUACAAGUUUGUUGACGUCCUUUAAGCGCAUUAGUAUUGUGUCUACCAUUUUUAUAUCCCUAACUCUAGAAGGGGGCCAUUUUACAAUAACCUUGUCUGUCCAUAGAAUAGAAAUAAAUGAAGUAAAAACUUAUACAAUGGAAAAUUUUCUUGGGAAAAAAAUUAUUGUUCAAAUUGGGUUGGGUAAAAGGUUGGAAAUUUGCAUUUGGUUUAAAAUUUUGAAUAAGGGAGAAUUUUAAAACUACCAUUUUUUUAUUCCAGCUAGUUGAAAAUGACGGCCAUAUAUUUAGGUAUCACAGAUAUCAAAACAAACGAACACAUAUUGUCUUACAACGAAAAAUCCCAUACUGUUAUCAGCUAUGUACAAAAAGAAAGUGGGAGAGGGUCCAAAGUUUUGAGGAAAGGGAUGCAAUUGUCUGUAAUGAUUAAAUUGUGUCUACAUAGUGAGGGCAAUCUUGUUUUUGAUGAUUUUAUGUAAAAAAAAUAAUAUUUUUUUUGGAUGUGCUCUACGCUCCCACCUGAAUCCACCAUUGAUGUAUUUUAUUUCAUUAACAAAUUCUUGGGUUAACAGUUUAAGAGUUCAAAGUAAUUAUAAUGAUGAACUCAGCUGUCGGCUUUGAAUAAAAGUGUAGUUAUUUUCAUCUUAUUGAAUGUAUGAUGACAAACCGUACUAUAAUUUUCAGUUAGUUUCAUUUUGUAGUUUUGUGAUUGAAUUUUUAAUUGUUUUUGUUGCAGCUAAUUGUUAUCAAUAAAAUUGUGUGCCACUAGGAGAUUUGUUAAA